AUGGAGUUAAAUUUAGUAUUAAAAUUAAUUUAUCUAUCUAUCUAUCUAUCUAUCUAUCUAUCUAUCUAUCUAUCCUUUGUUCAUAUAUAUCUCAGUCUGUUCAUAUCUAUCUAUCUAUCUAUCUAUGCCAGUCUUUUUAAUAUCUAUCUAUCUAUCUAUCUAUCUAUCUAUCUAUCUAUCUAUCUAUCUAUCUAUCCUUUGCUCAUAUAUAUCUCAGUCUGUUCAUAUCUAUCUAUCUAUCUAUCUAUGCCAUCUGUUCAUAUCUAUCUAUCUAUGCCAGUCUUUUUAAUAUCUAUCUAUCUAUCUAUCUAUCUAUCUAUCUAUCUAUCUAUCCUUUGCUCAUAUAUAUCUCAGUCUGUUCAUAUCUAUCUAUCUAUCUAUCUAUCUAUCUAUCUAUCUAUCUAUGCCAGUCUUUUUAAUAUCUAUCUAUCUAUCUAUCUAUCCUUUGCUCAUAUAUAUCUCAGUCUGUUCAUAUCUAUCUAUCUAUCUAUGCCAGUCUUUUUAAUAUCUAUCUAUCUAUCUAUCUAUCUAUCUAUCUAUCUAUCUAUCUAUCUAUCCUUUGCUCAUAUAUAUCUCAGUCUGUUCAUAUCUAUCUAUCUAUCUAUCUAUGCCAGUCUUUUUAAUAUCUAUCUAUCUAUCUAUCUAUCCUUUGCUCAUAUAUAUCUCAGUCUGUUCAUAUCUAUCUAUCUAUCUAUGCCAGUCUUUUUAAUAUCUAUCUAUCUAUCUAUCUAUCUAUCUAUCUAUCUAUCUAUCUAUCUAUCCUUUGCUCAUAUAUAUCUCAGUCUGUUCAUAUCUAUCAUCUAUCUAUCUAUCUAUCUAUCUAUCUAUCUAUGCCAGUCUUUUAAUAUCUAUCUAUCUAUCUAUCCUUUGUCUAUAUAUAUCUCAGUCUGUUCACAUCUAUCUAUCUAUCUAUGCCAGUCUUUUUUUAAUAUCUAUCUAUCUAUCUAUCUAUCUAUCUAUCUAUCUAUCCUUUGCUCAUAUAUAUCUCAUCUUUUUAAUAUCUAUCUAUCUAUCUAUCUAUCUAUCUAUCUAUCUAUCUAUCUAUCCUUUGCUCAUAUAUAUCUCAGUCUGUUCAUAUCUAUCUAUCUAUGCCAUCUGUUCAUAUCUAUCUAUCUAUCUAUCUAUGCCAGUCUUUUUAAUAUCUAUCUAUCUAUCUAUCUAUCUAUCUAUCUAUCUAUCUAUCUAUCUAUCUAUCUAUCUCAGUCUGUUCGUAUCUAUCUAUCUAUGUGCGGAAAAUGUGAGUAA